AUGACGAAGCGUGGUGCGGCAAGGCGACACUCGCGAGGUCGCGGGAUGACCCACGUGGUCGCGAGUGCUGGGCACCGCGACACUUGCGAGGUCGCGUACUUCUCCGCAUGGUCGCAAGUUUGCCGGAACCUGGGUGACACGGCGCACGUGAGUACGCGGGCUGGGGUGCGAAGUCUCGGACAUGACAGGGCACGAGAUACGCCAUCAAUCGCCAAAGGUACGAAAUGCUCGAAUAUGAUCGAAAACAGCUCAGGGUCACUGGAAAUUGCUCGCUUCUUCAACUCCCUCCGAGCUGACCUCGAAAUGCCACAACUCCCGAUCAUCCAGGUGGCCUUGGCCUCGGGGAAUUUCAACCAGACUGCUCCAGCCGACCUUCAGACUGUUAGGUCGGCGCAGCUGGACCUUGGGAUGGCUGGCGUUCGGUGUGUGGACGCAAUGGGGUUCGCGCUGGAGUCCGACAACACACACCUGACCACGGCUGCGCAGGUCAAGCUUGGCCAGCUGUUGGCUGACGCCUUCCUCCAGCCCUAG